AUGAAGAACUUGGACCGCAGAACCUACGUCACCGACUUUAAUUCCAUAUCGAGGUUGGUUCCAUACCUGAUUACACCUGGACCCAAGCGCAUUGCGCACUUUAUUAGUGGUCUGGCACCAGAGAUUAAAGGGAUGGUGAAGGCUUCAAAGCCUGUAACCUACAGAUCCGCUGUGGAUCUAUCUAUAUCCCUCACUUUAGACGUGAUAAGAAACUGGUCUGGAAAGACCAAUGAUGAGGCUAAGAGAAAAAGGGAGGAUGAUAGCUCCCACAGACCUGACAAGAAGAAAAAGGGUAGGUUUGGCUUCAAGAAGAACCAGGAUAGAUCGGGUGAGAAGCCCACUUGCAAGAAUUGCAACCGUAGGCACUGGGGGCAGUGCAAUUUGGAUCCACAGGCUAAACCCUGUGGUAUCUGCAAGAAAAAGGAUCACAAAACCCUUGAAUACAAGAACUUGAAGGACGCAGUCUGCUAUGGCUGCAAUGAAAAGGGGCACAUCAAAACCAACUGCCCCAAGAAUGCAAAGAAGCCUGAUGAGGCUAGGAAAGGGAAUGUGAGGGCAUUCUAA